AUGAAAAUCUCUAAAAUUUUGUCCCCAUUUUUGGCAUUUCUCAUCCUUAACUUGACUCUUAGUACAAAUUUCAUCCUUAAAGCUACACAAAAUGACAGAAAGUUGUCAAAUUAUAUCUGCAAAAUCACCAAAGACAUCACAAAAGCUAAGAAUGACACUCAGGAUGUCCUUAUUGGAAAUUCGGGUGGGAAGCUGUGGUCAUCAACAGAAUCCUUCUUAUCAGAUAUUGCCAUAAACUCAGGCGCUUUUACUCGAAAAGGAACAGUUUAUCAUCACAUGACUAAAGUUCUUAUUGUUGUUCCAUCCACAACACAACGGAAACAAAUCAUAAAAGUUGUUCUAUUAGUGCUACGCUCUGGUAUUCAAAAUAUUGCAUGCGUUCAUGAGACUCUAAAUGGGAGCAUUCAAGUUGAAUAUUUUAGUUCACUUAUGGAACAAGAGAAAAUUACAAUAGCUGAAUCUCCGAACGCAUCUGUUGUGUAUCCUGAUAAGCUAAAGAACAUGGAAGGCUAUGCAUACCAAAUUGCAGUCUUUAGCCAAUUACCAAGGGUUGUUAUUAUGGGGAAAAAAGUCAAAUCCUCUUUGACAUACUUAAUUGACGCGAUUAAUAGGAUUCAAAAUUCUACUGUUAAUUAUGCUAUUGUCGGUGACUAUAAAAAAUUACAGUAUCGUUGGAACUUUCGACUAAUGGAUUUGACUUUCAACACUGGUCUGCAGAUGAUAACAAAUGAAACAGAGCUUUUGACUUAUGAGGAAAGAAGUUACUGCGCAAUUAUUCCAUUGCCACCUAAGGUUCCGAUUUUCCAGUCAAUCUUCAUUGAACCAUUCGAUGGUCUCACCUGGUUGUUCUUUGUCAUCACUAUAUUUUGUUCUGUGGCUGUUUGGUUGAUGUUUCGUGGUCGUGGUGCUGUCGACUCUCCAUGGCUUCUAGGUUAUGGCAUGUUUGUCAUGUUCAUCGGACAAGGCGUUGAAUUCAGUCGUAAGAAUCGUUUGGUGCUGACUAUUCUGCUGCAGUUGAUCAUUAUAAUGAUUUGGAUACUAAGCAAUGCAUACGAAGGUGUCAUCACAUCUUUCAUGAUUCAACCCAUUCAUGAACAACGACUAGAGACAUUUGAUGACUUGGUAGCAUCUAAUUACAAGAUCAUAACCAGUGCUGGAUUAGCAGCAAGUAUUGACAACUCGGAAGCUUAUCGCCAAUUAAAGCCGAGACUUAACACAUCAGGACCACGGCUAGGUUCACAUUUUGCAGUUGGACUUCGACAAGCUCGUUACGUAUUCAUUUUGAAUUGUGAUGAAGCAGAAAUGUUAGUUCCAGUAGUUAUUCCUGGUACAAAAGUUAAGGUUUCAGAGCUGUACUACAUGCUGCCACAAAAGAUUUAUCCGCAUAUUGUUAAACUUCCUGCUAGUUUCUCAAAUCCAUUUCUUGAAAGACUUCAAUACUACAUGGACUUGUCAUUUCAAGCUGGCUUGCCAUAUAUAUGGACGAUUUAUUCUGCAAUCACUAAGUUUUACAAGAAAAAUGAAGUUUACUUUGAUGAGUUUGUAUAUCUUACUCUCGACGAUCUGACUCAAGUAUUCAGUUUUCUUACUAUUGGCUUUGUGUUGUCUGCUGUUAUAUUAGUGUUCGAGAUCUUCUUUCAUGACAUCCUGAAGCAGUUAAAACUUGCAAAUCAAGCACGGAAGUUGAGAAAUCGUGUGCAUCAAAUGGCAUAUAAGAAGCGGAAGCAACCAAAGGAUCCAAAAUAUCAACAUGGUGCACUUUACUACAUCAUUCAUAGACACAAGAGAGUCAAGCGAUUGAGGGCAAGGAAGUUGAAAGUUCGAAGUAUUUAUGUUCAGCCUAGGUUUCCAAUGGAUUAA